GCCUGAGAGAGGGAUGUGAGAUGGGUUCAUUGCUUGUUAAUAGUGCUCCUCCUUCUUUCUGGCUAUCAGGUCACCUCCAGUCUCUGUCCUCCUGUGUGAAAUGGCACCGCAUGGAGAGUAUAGCUAACAGCCUCCUAGAUACAUACUCAGACCUGCUGUGUCAUCAAUGCAUGAUCCUGGCCAUGAACUCCAGUUUUGUAGACCCUUUAGUGCAGUUUGAGUCUCAGCUGAGCAUAAUAGAGUCAUCAUUUAGAAAGGCCUUUGCUAUUCCAAGUCUUGAAAUAGUGAAAAAAAUGGGGACAAAUGCUGAAGACUCAGAGGAACUGGAGAGUGUUUAUAUGAGCAUUUUCAACAUGUAUGAGGACACUCUUCUAAUUUUAGUGUCUAACGACCUCUACAAACUACAGAUCUUAAAGGAAAUGACAAAGUGGAUGAAUGAAAAUAAUUUAUAUUUUCAAGAGAGAGUGAUGGUGAUCAUCAGCAGGGUGUUAAGCUUUGCAUCAAAGAAAGCCAGAGGACAGACAAGUGUUGAUGCUCCAUGCUUAGGUGUCCUGGCAUCAGAGCUGUCUCUUUUGUGCUGUCAUGCAGAUUCAUCAAUCGCACAGCAAGCAUCUUCAGGAAUGUAUUACCUUCUCAGCAUUGCGAAGUGUCAACAUGGGGACACAGAUACCCUGAAAAGAACCAAGAAUGAUGGGUCCAGAAUGAAUGACUUUCUGCUUUCUUUUGAUUCACAAGCCCUACCCCAAACCAUGAACGAAUACAAAACCAAAAUUGCUCAGAGUGUAGGACAACACUUACUGCCUUCCUUACUGACUGACUUUGUGUGGAAUCUCCUGAAGAAACUCUCUUCACCUGAUUAUACAACUGCAUGUGAGGCAGCAACCAUGCUGAGGCUGACGCUGGAGUCUCAUGCCCAGAAGGUCACUAUGGUAUCUAAGAUUGUGGAUGCCAUUUAUCAGCAAAUCAGUGGAGAUUUUGCUCACACAAUGAAACAUGCUUUGCUGCAGGUUAUCACUUUGUUGACCCGCACUUCACCCAAGAAAGUCAUCUUUCAACUCAUGGACUAUCCACUCCCAGCAGACAACACGGUGAUUCUGAUGUGGGAAGCCGCAGGCUAUGAGUCAAGCGUUGCCCCUCAGGUGCUGAAUACAAUCUUGUUGAUACUCAAGGGGAAGCCUGGGGAAAUGGAAGAAACCCUGAUGGAUAGAAGACGCUUCUCUCUCGAUGCCACCAACAUGAUGCCUGUGGCGGCAUCCCAGGCCCUGUGCACAUUUCUGCCUGUGGGUUCUUACAAGAAAGCAGUGGCCCAGUUUUUCCCCCAGCUCCUGAUGGCCCUCAUGCUUCAGCUCUUCUACACCAGUCAGCUGAGAGUGCUGCCACAAGACAGACCUCUCUUCGCCCGGGAUGCCCUGAGAGUUUUGCUGAAUUGUUCUGGACUACAAGAAGUGGACCUUGCUCUAAAGAAAAAGAAUUGCUGGGACCAGUUUUCCCAAGUAUUGUUUCACAAUCAUGGGGUCUACCUCAUUGCCAAAACUCUCAGUGAACAUAAUUUCCCACAGUUUCCAGAAACCUUACAUUAUCUCUACAAGACCUCAGUGGAAGGUCCCAGAAGGUCAGAAGAUAGUAUCAUCACAAUAAUAUUCCUCACUGAACUUCUGAAUAACUUCUUCAAGGACCCGUUCCCUGAAGAAUUUUUGGUUCUCUUCAGAGACUGGGUUAAUGAUUCCAACCCUGAAGUUAGCAAAUUGAGCCUUCAGAAAAUUGCCAACAUGGCACCAGUUAUAAAUGAAAUAGAAAGUGCCUGCAGUUUAAUAACCUCCGUCCUGGAUGCCUUUCUUUCCAAAGAGAAGACAGUUGUAAUCCGGGCUUUACUUACCCUCCGAAGGCUUCUAGGCAGACUGGAUAAGGUGACCUAUUCCUCACUGUGUACCAAGAUAGCUGCCAGCUACUGUCCUCUGAUGGAUCAUAAUAAUGGAGGCAUUCGGAGCAUGGCCAUUCGCCACUUUGGUGAAUUACUUAGAGAUAUGAGUCAAUACACAUGGAUGCUGAAUCAUGUGAUCCUUGGAGGCCUAGUGCCCCUAAUCCUGUUUUUGGAAGAUAAGGAGCAAAGAGUAGUCAAAGCAUGCAAAUAUACGCUAGAAAUAUGUGCCGGGCAACUAAAGUGGUCAACUGCGUAUUUGCUCAGAGAGGAAAAUUACAAUUUUGAGCUGGUAGUGGUCAACAUCUGUAAUAAUCUUCUUACUUCUAAUGAAAACAACAUUACAGAUUUAAUAUCUUACACCUUAGGGUUCAUGGGGAGUUCCCGAGUAUAUCUGAGGAGAGGAGCAAUUAUUUUAAUUGGAUACUUGGCAAAAUUGGGUGAACAUUUCCUACUCAGAGAUGAAAUGGCAGUCAUGUUUGAGGUUAUUGACAAACUGCACUGGGAUGAAGACCCUGUCACCAGAGAGCUAGCAGAAAUGGCCCACAAUAUUCUAAAGGAAAUUGCCUGUAAAAUGACCUCCUCGACUAUUAAACAAAGCUUCCGGAGAAUGUUUAGGUUUAUCUACACCAAAAGAUUGAAGCUCCUUUAUAACUGGAACAGAGACAUAAUUAGUAGUGAUAGUGAUAAAGAGAUUAAGAGUGAUAAAGAAGAUAAUGAUGAUGACAUUUCUACUAAAGAAUGAGAGAUUUACCCAUGCAAACUAGAGGUUCAACUAGAACAGGAACACACUGGAGCAGACCUUAGAAGAGGAAUGAUUUUUUUCCCCUUGAUGAUCUGAGUUCAUUUGUAGAUGUUUUUCUGAGGGAUGCUAGAAUCCUUAACUAUCCCUUUUUAAUUCUCUAUUAAAACAUAUACAUCGGAAAAGUCUGGGUUCUCUCUGUAUCUGAUGGCAAUCUCAAGCCCAUCAAGUCAAUUGAAAAGACAUACAGUCAUCCCUCAGUAUGGGUGGAGAGUUUGUUCUAGUAUCCACACAUAUACCAAAAAUCUAUACAUGCUCAACUGUGAUGCAUAAGGUGGAAACGUAUUUAUAUAAUAUAUAGAUAGUUCGAUAGGUAAUAGACAGAUAAUAGAUAGAUAGAUAGAUAGAUAGAUAGAUAGAUAGAUAGAUACAUACAUACAUACAUACAUAUAUACAUAUAAAUCCUCCAGAAAUCUAUAGAUAUGGAGAGUCAAGCAUAUAAAUGAAAUGUUGCUGUUGAGAGACUUUUGGAACUUGAUUCAAUCAGGAAGUAUUUAUUGAGCAUCUUCUAAAUACACACAUUGCUAAGCAGUAGAGAUAUUUAGGUGGUAUGGACAAGGUUCUUGUUCUCAGAGGGGAAAGGCCCAAUGGCACAGUGUAGUGGCCAUCUCUAAUUUGUUGGAAGGUAUGCUG